UCUUCGAAAAAAAGUGUAGUGAUAGUGAUAGUCGUGUUAAAUUUAGCACUGUGAGCCUUGUUGGAAAACCCAAAAAAGAUGAUAACGAAGUUGCCGAAUACUUGGGUUUUCCCAUUUUUGUUGAUAAGUGGUUGUCUGGCAGCUGUACCUAGGACAAGUAAUCACAUAUCCGUCAUUGGAUCAAGAACGAUUUUCCCGAAUGCUGACUUUGUCGUUGCGGCUACUAACUAUAUGUCAAGGCCUGUUAAUCUGGAAUUUACACUUCAUGGUCAAAACAUGUUGCGAAACAUCACAAAUAAGAUAUCUUUGCAAGGCAGACAAGCGAAAAAUGUGAAAUUUACGAUUGCAGACCUUCCGGAAGACACCUAUGCCCUGGAGAUUAAAAGUAUUCCAAUAAGAAAUCAGCCUUACUUCAGUUUUGAUAAAUCAGUCGAGUUGCUGUACCAAAACAAGACAAACACAAUAUUGAUUCAAACGGACAAACCUGUAUACAAACCGGGAGAUAAAAUCCUAUUUCGAGUUGUAGUGGUAGACAGAGAAACGAAACCUGUGAAAAAUUUAAAAUAUAUUCAAGUUGAACUACAAUCCGAAAUAGGUGAUACAAUCAGAAAGUGGCCUUAUGGUAAGCUAAACAAUGGUGUGUUUGAAUCAGAAGUACAAAUAGCUUCAUCUCCACCGAUUGGAAAUUGGACAAUUCUAGUUACAGCUGGUAACAACCAAGCUGUAAAAAUGUUCCAUGUGAAGGAGUACAUUUUGCCGAAAUUUUAUGUAAAAGCGUAUAAUCCAAAGGUGUUACUGUUGAAUGACAAGAAAAUAGAGGUUGCAAUUGAAGCAACUUAUACCUUCGGUGAACCAGUAGACGGAACGGUAGAAGUGCUUCUGUAUUUGAAACUAGAAGAUCAAACGUACAAGAAACCUGAAUUUAGUUUGAAAAGAUUAAUCAACGGUGCAACUACUGUGGAAUUCACCUUAAAUGAGGAAUUGCAACUAGAUGAAGAUAUGGACUAUAGAGCUGUGUACGCUAAUAUAACCGUAAUGGAAAGGUUCACCAAUCUUACGGUGACAAUCGAUCACGAAAUAAAAUUUUAUGAGUAUCCGUAUAAGGUAACACUGGUGUCAUCGGAAAAAAUUAUUCGACCAGGAAUUCCAUAUUCUUUCGAAAUAAAAAUACGAGAUAUAUUAGGAAAUGCUAAUCGAGGUAGAAACGAUUUCGAAUUAAUAAUGCGUUCAGGAGAUUCCGAAGUUAAACUACCUCAAAAGCUUGAUGGAUCGGGUAACUCAUUGAUAACUUAUACACCGCGGGAUUUGAUCGGUAGUUGGCUGGUUGUUGAGGUUAACUAUGAAGGAAAAUCGUAUAUCGUGACCACAAUCAAUAUUGCCAGUUCGUCAAGUCAAGAGUUUAUUCAUGUUAAUUUGAAGCCUAAGACCAGCAUCGUAGUCCAUAAAAAGGUAGAAUUCCAAGUGACCUGCACUGUACCUAUGACGAUGUUUUCUUAUGUGAUAAUUUCUAAAGGUCUCGUUGUCGAUGCCAAUGCGUUUCAAAAUGUAAAUGUCAAAAGUAAAAAAUUCUAUGUUCAACUGAAGCCUCAAAUGGUUCCUAAGGCUAAAAUUAUAGUAUCGUACAUUCACAACGAUUCUAUAAUUUUUGAUGACGCAGAACUGAUAUUUGACAACUUCGAUAACAAAUUGACAUUGCGCCCAGACCGUGAAAAAUAUGAGCCAGGCCAAGAGUUUGAUCUGACAGCAUUCAGCUCUCAUCAUUCAUACAUAGCGUUUCAAGCAAUUGACCAGAGUGCCCUAUUACUAGGAUAUGAUGGUCAUGACUUAACUAAAGAAGACCUCAUCAACGAUUUGGACCAAUAUGAAGUAAAAGAUGAUUAUGGUUUUAAUAACUUUGGGCUUCUAGGUCUUUUCAUGGUUUCAAAUGCUAAAGAGGAAGAUACUGCUAGCUCCAGAAACUCUUUAUCGCGCCUUGGUAAUGUUAUUAGAAAUCCAAAUAGUGUCAUUCAGAUAAGAACCAGAUUCAUGGAGUCUUGGCUAUGGAAAAACGAAAUUUUGGAUGGUAGAACGACUCAAAAAUACAUAAGAAGCACCGUUCCAGAUACUAUUACUUCGUGGUUCAUCUCAGGAUUUGCACUCAGCCCGUCACUUGGAAUGGGGUUCAUAGAUAAACCCGUUAAAAUAAUGGUUACGAAGGCUUUCUACAUCGUAGCCAAUCUACCUUACUCCAUUAAGCGUGACGAAACCGUGAUGGUCCAAGUGACGGUUUUCAAUUUUCUUGGCACUAAUCGUACGGUGGAUGUGACACUUUUUAGCAAACAAGGAGAGAUAGAAUUUAAUGAAAGAGAAUACAAAAAUGCAACCAAACGUAAGAAGACAUUCAUAUCUCAUGCCAACAUCGGCACACCUGUAUACUUCUUUAUAAGAGCAAAAAAAAUCGGUGAAAUAGCUCUCAGAAUUGAAGCUACUACUAAUAAUGACGCCGAUGCAUUAGAGCACAUACUAAGAGUAACACCCGAAAGCCUCGAGUUUGUAAAAAACAUAGUUCGCUUCAUUGAACUGCCUAAACACAACAAGCAAGGACCGUUCAAUAUCACUAUUGGUAUACCGAGUGAUUGCGAUGAAGGAUCUGCUAAGAUUAUGUUUCAUUUAGACGAAAAUAUUUUAGGACAGGCUAUCAAAAACUUGGAUGCUUUGCUAACACUACCCACGGGAUGUGGAGAGCAAAAUAUGAUAAAAUUUGUGCCCAAUGUAGUUAUUCUAGAUUAUCUAUCUGAAACGCAAACCAUCAACGAAGAGAUUAAGACAAGAGCAAUAAAUUAUUUAACACAAGGCUACCAAAACCAACUCAAAUUCAAACGUUCUGAUGGAACAUUUAGCUUUUGGAGUGACACUAAUGAAAAGGGAAGCACAUUCCUGACAGCAUUCGUAGCUAAAUCGUUUUGUAUGGCUGCCAAAUACAUCGAUAUUGACAAAAAUGUGGUGAAAGAAGCUUUUAAUUGGCUAGCCAAUAUUCAAAAGAAGGAUGGGCGUUUCGAAGAAAUUGGAAACAUGACGAUGAAGGAAUUACAAGUUGGACUACAAGAUUCCAGAUAUGCGCUCACAUCAUUUGUGUUAAUAGCAUUUUUGGAAAAUCCAGAAACAAAAACAAAACAUACAGCAGUAGUAAACAAAGCUAUAAACUUUUUGCUAUCCCACCUUGAGAACAUGACAGACGUUUACGAUUUAUCAAUGACAACUUAUGCACUUUAUCUUAACUCACACGAAAGGAGAAGAGAGGUUUUGAAUAUACUGAUUGAUAAAUCUGAAUUUGAUUAUCCUAACACUCGACGUUAUUGGACAAAGCAGUCAGUCGCAGUAGAAGUAGCUGGCUAUGCGCUCCUAUCGUACAUCGAAGCUGAAUUAUAUACAGAUGCUAUUGCAAUCUUCAGAUAUUUGAACAGCCGAAGAUCUGCGCGGGGAGCUUUCGAUGGUACUCAGGCCACAUUCGUGGGUUUGAAGGCUCUAGCUAAAUAUACUUCUUAUGUAUUUGCCCAAAAGAAUGACUAUCGAGUAAGGGUUCAUCACAAACCAGAUAAAUUACACGAAUUUCACAGCAGAGGCAGUAUUUCGUUCAACGUUCAUGAACUGGAGAUUCCAAGUCAUGUUCGUGACGUAAGUGUAACCGUUGAAGGAAAAGGUUUCGGGGUUUUUCAAUUUUCCUACCAGUAUUACCGAAACAUCAAAACCAUCAAAGAGAGAUUCAAAUUGAAUGCUACAGUUUUGUCAUCGUCAACAUAUGAAGUGCAAAAAUUGCGAAUUUGCGUAAGUUUUAAACCAGCGAAAGUAGGGGAAUUAUCAGACAUGGCUGUUGUAGAGGUUUUCUUCCCCAGUGGAAUGCUCGUCGAUAUAAAUUCCGUCAAAGAUCACUCGAAUAGAAUCAAGAACAAGGAGUUGAGAUUUUCAGACACAUCACUCGUCGUGUAUUACGAAAACAUGGGUACUGAGAAUAAUUGUUUCCAUGUCACAUCCUACCGGAGAUACAAGGUGACAAUGCUCAGACCUGCGAUGGUUAAGGUUUAUGAUUACUACAACACAGAUCGGUUGGCUAUUGUUCAAUACGAAGGGAAAACGGCAGAACUAUGUGAUAUUUGCAGAGAUGAAGAUUGUAAAGCUAUGUCAUGCUCAUAAAGAUUCUCGCAAAGGCUUACUCAUCCAAUCAAUUAUUGAAAUAUCUUCGCAUUAA